GUAUUUUGUAAAAUUUUGAUUAGUUUCCUCUGUUAAUCGAAAUCCAAAGGAAGCCAGAGAAGAUUUACAGUGGAAAGGGAAGAGGAGGGAGGGAGAGAGAAAGCGAGAGUCGAGAGUCGAGAGAGACCUAUUUUUGUUUCACUACAACCUUUUAAGUUGUUGCUCAAAAUAAAUACAACCUUUUAAGUCUUCAAUUAGUGUUCUGUAUCUUCCUAGAUUAGCUGCUGUGCUUCGUUGCCCUGUCCCCUGCGUUCUCUCUCUCUCUCUCUUGCGCGAUUUCAGGUUGGAAGAGAAAAAAAAAAGAACUGCGAGUUUAUCAGAAGAUCAUAAUAGCUUGCUCGCAUUUCUUAGGGUUUGAAAUGGCCAGAUCUCUCUCUCCUCCUCUCCUUAAUUGGCUGUUUAAUGAUUAGGGUUUUUUUCUCAAUUAAGAAACAGGAACAUGAGUUUAACUGGUUUUACACGACACAAGUGAUUCUUGAGCAAAUCAAAAACAAGAGAGGUGUGUUCUGUCCCUUUCUGGUAGUAGAUAUGAUCAAGCAGAUAUUUGGGAAACUACCCAAAAAACCUUCCAAAUCAUCAUCAUCAUCAUCAUCAUCAUCAUCCCAUCCAAACGGACAAGGCGGCGGCCCCACAACCUCAAACGGAACCAUUCCCCCUUCUCCUUCCUCAAACAGACCCAAUGGUGCUGUCUACGAACCUCUCCCUAGCCUCAGAGACGUCCCCACCUCCGAGAAACCCACUCUCUUCAUCAAGAAACUCACCCUCUCCUGCGUCCUCUUCGACUUCACCGACCCUUCCAAGAACCUCCGAGAGAAAGACAUCAAAAGACAGACCCUCCUCGACCUCGUCGACUACAUCGCCACCGUCUCCACAAAGUUCACCGACGCCGCGAUGCAGGAGAUCGCCAAACUCGCCGUCACCAACCUCUUCAGAACCUUCCCUUCCGCUACCAACCACGAGAGCAAGCUCCUCGAAACAACGACGCUCGAUGGAGGAGACGACGAGGAGCUCGCCUUGGAGCCCGCCUGGCCUCACCUCCAGCUCGUCUACGAGCUCCUCCUCAGAUUCGUCGCCUCCUCCAUGACCGACGCCAAGCUCGCCAAGCGCUACGUGGACCAUUCUUUCGUAUUAAAGCUCUUGGAGCUCUUCGACUCCGUGGACCGGAGAGAGAGAGAGUAUUUGAAAACCAUCCUCCACCGGAUAUACGGCAAGUUCAUGGUGCAUCGGCCUUUCAUAAGGAAAGCCAUCAACAACAUCUUCUACAGGUUCGUUUUCGAGACAGAGAGGCACAACGGCGUCGCGGAGUUGCUUGAGAUCCUGGGAAGUAUAAUCAACGGUUUCGCGUUGCCGCUGAAAGAGGAGCACAAGCUUUUCUUGGUCAGGGCUUUGAUGCCGCUGCACAGGCCUAAGUGCGCCGCUGCGUAUCAUCAGCAGCUUUGUUAUUGCGUUGUUCAGUUCGUUGAGAAAGACUCCAAGCUCGCUGAUACGGUCGUUAGAGGGCUUUUGAAGUAUUGGCCUGUGACCAAUAGUUCUAAGGAGGUUAUGUUUCUUGGAGAGCUGGAAGAGGUCUUGGAAGUGGCUCAAGCUGGUGAGUUUCAUCGGUGUAUGGUUCCUUUGUUCCGUCGAAUCGCUAGAUGCCUCAACAGCUCUCAUUUUCAGGUGGCUGAAAGAGCUUUGUUUCUAUGGAACAACGAUCACAUAAGGAACCUGAUUACGCAAAACCAUAAAGUGAUAAUGCCAAUAGUGUUCCCGGCCAUGGAGAGAAACAUGGAGGGGCACUGGAACCAGGCGGUGAAGAAUCUGACUUUGAAUGUGAGGAAAGUACUGGCGGAGACGGACCAGGCUCUGUUUGAUGAGUGCUUAGCCAAGUUUCAAGAAGAUGAAGCGAGUAAAGGCGAGGUUGCAGCCAAACGAGAAGCAACGUGGAAGCUUUUGGAAGACUUGGCGGCUUCCAAAUCCGUAAGCGGCGAGGCAGUGAUGGUCACAAGGUUUUCAUCUUCGGUUACUAUUACCACCACCUCAGGGAAAUCUUCUGGUAGUUGAACACUCUUUCUUGCUUUUUGUUUUAUCAACAAUGCUUUCAAAAGAUCAAGUAGAGUUGUUAAAUUGUUUAUUGAUCCUGAUCUCUUUUAUGUUGUUAGCUCUUAGAGGUGAAAGAACAAUGUCUUGUAAGAAAUAUGGUUCCAUAGAUUAUAGUUCUUGAGAGGAAUGUUAUUUGUAAUGUAUUGUGGAAUGAAAGUGAUCUAUAAGUCUGUUUUGGUGAGAAAACAGAUGAAUCGUAUAAACAGUAGCGAUUUUAUCAAAUUCAUUCGAAAAUUA